AUGGCGUACCCCCUCUUCCCCUCUCUCCACAGUGCAGUGCCCAUCCAGAGGUGUCUAGACCUGGGGGCUGACAUUGUAGUCACAGGGAGAUGUGUGGACAGUGCUGUCGCCCUAGGACCUCUUAUGCACUCUUUUGGGUGGAAGCAAAACAACUAUGACCUGUUGGCAGCUGGGAGUCUUGCAGGCCAUCUCAUAGAGUGUGGUGCCCAGGCAACAGGCGGCAUAUUCACGGACUGGCACACAGUACCCGACUGGGAUAACAUGGGAUUCCCAGUGGUGGAGUGUUCAGCUGAUGGUUCCUUCAUUCUCUCCAAGCCGCCCAAAACAGGCGGAUUGGUGUCGUUCGGGACGGUUGCCGAGCAACUGGUGUACGAGAUCGGUGACCCGCAGAAAUACCUGCUUCCUGACGCCACCUGUGAUUUCUCUAACGUCAACAUCACUGAAGUAGCAGGAGUGGAGGGAGGGGCUGUCAAAGUGACCGGGGCCAGAGGUUUUGCUCCGUCCAAUGACUACAAGGUGUGUGCCACCUACAUGGAUGGGUACAGGGCUACAGCAGUUUGUCCAGUAGGGGGCCCCAGAGCCACCGAGAAGGCCAGACGCACCGCAGAGAGCAUCAUCAAACG